AUGGGCAUAUCGGACGAGGCCAGCCGGCUCGAGGACAUCGGACCCCAUGAGGCUCGGCCGCCGCAGGGCAGUCCGCACGAGCGUAGCGCCAGUACCGGCCAACUGAUGGGCAGCAGCGCCGGUGAUCCUAACAGCCCGCUUUCGGACCCGCACAGUGACGAUGGCGGUGACGAUUUUGCGCCCAAGCGGAAGCAACGCCGGUACCGGACGACCUUCACGAGCUUUCAGCUCGAGGAGCUUGAGAAGGCGUUCUCGCGGACGCAUUACCCGGACGUGUUCACGAGGGAAGAGCUAGCGAUGAAAAUAGGACUGACGGAGGCCCGGAUACAGGUUUGGUUCCAGAACCGGCGAGCGAAGUGGCGCAAACAGGAGAAGGUCGGCCCGCAGGGACACCCGUACAAUCCGUACCUUGCCAGUGCCGCUCAGGUCCCUUCGGCGACCGUCGUCGCACCGCCGUUGCCACCGAACCCAUUCAGCCAUCUUGGAUUUAACCUGCGCAAGCCCUUCGAUGCGGCCAGUCUGGCCGCUUUUCGUUAUCCUUCGCUUGGAGCCGGCCACGUGCUCCCUUCGGCCUACUUCAACCAGUUCCACCGCGUCUCACCGUUCUCUUCCUUCGUUGACGAAUUUUGCAGAGCGCCACCCCCACCGCUGCUUCCCCCGGGGGUGGGACCCCUCUACGCCCCGACCGCUUCCUUCCAGACGCUGCUGGCGAACAUUUCGGCGGCCCAACGUGCCCCACCCGGUCUGCCCUCGAAGCCCCCACCCUCGGGCCCCAUGGUGGACUACCUGGCACCACCACCACCACCACCCCCACAGUUGCCCCAUUCGGCUGGAGGAUUGCCACCCGGUGGUGGUGGUCCUGUGCCACCCUCACCAACGUCACCACCCAUCUCACCGACUGCACUGUCACCAGUGAUGCCGGUUCCUCAGGCCGCCCUGCCACCCCCAACAUCCCAGCAUCCACCCGGAUCCGUGUCACCCCCGCAGGCCGAUCGGCGUAGCUCCUCCAUCGCCGCACUGCGGUUGAAGGCACGUGAGCACGAGCUGCGCCUUGAAAUGCUGCGUCAGAACGGCCACGGGGAUAUCCUGAGCUAA